AUAAAAAAUCGCUUUCUUAAAUGACAAUUUUUAGAUUAAUACUGUCUUCUAGUUAUAGGAAUCUUUAAGCUUUGAUACUAGCAAUCUUUCAAAAGAUGCUCUUCAUUCCAAUAUUUUAUAAAUCAAAGCAUCUCAACUUCUAUAUAUAGCAUUAUUAUAAGUGCUAUCUAGAUGAACCAUACUCAAGACCUUGUUGCUUACUUGGCUUUUCUUCAUAGCCAUUGUUUAGAGAAAGGGCAACAACAAAACAAGAGAUGUGGGAUCUAUCAAGGGAAAAACUAGUAAUGGUAGUGCAAAACUAUUAUGACAUAAUCAUGGUCUUAUUUCUCUCUAUAGGAUUAACAUAUUUAGCUUCAAGAGCUUGGAAAAAAGCUACAAGCAAGAGAGAAGACAUCCCUGGCCGGCUUGGAUUACCUCUAAUUGGUGAAACUUUUUCUUUUCUUUCAGCCAAUAAUAGUACAAGAGGUUGCUAUGAUUUUGUCAGACUUAGACGAUUGUGGCACGGGAGAUGGUUCAAGACAAGGCUAUUUGGCAAGAUUCAUGUAUUUAUUCCUAAUCCUGAAGGUGCGAGGACCAUAUUUGCUAAUGACUUUGAUCUAUUCAACAAGGGCUAUGUAAAAUCAAUGGCAGAUGCUGUAGGAAAGAAAAGCUUGUUGUGUGUACCAGUUGAGAACCACAAAAGAAUAAGGCGUCUUCUAUCUGAACCAUUCUCCAUGACUUCCUUAUCUGCAUUUAUCACAAAGUUUGACAAAAUGUUGUGUGGAAGGCUGCAAAAUCUAGAAGGAAAGGGGAAAAGUUUUAAGGUGUUGGAUUUCUCAAUGAAGAUGACAUUUGAUGCAAUGUGCGAUAUGCUGAUGAGCAUCACGGAAGAUUCAUUACUACGACAGAUCGAGAAUGACUGCACUGCUGUCUCUGAUGCUAUGUUGUCCUUUCCAGUCAUGAUUCCAGGCACAAGAUACUAUAAAGGCAUCAUGGGUCGUAAAAGGCUCAUGGAAACCUUCAGAGAGAUCAUUGCUAGACGUAGGACGGGAGAAGAAUCUCCAGGGGACUUCCUGCAGUCCAUGUUGCAGAGAGACUCAUUUCCAGCCAGUGAAAAGCUUGAUGACUCGGAAAUUAUGGAUAAUCUUUUGACAUUGAUAAUUGCGGGACAGACUACAACAGCAGCGGCAAUGAUGUGGAGUGUAAAAUUCCUACAUGAAAACAGUGAUGCACAGGACAUACUCAGGGAGGAACAGUUGUCUUUAACCAAAAUGAAGCCAGAAGGAGCCUCACUUAAUCAUGAAGAUAUCAACAACAUGCGUUACGGUUUGAAGGUAGUUAAGGAAACACUAAGAAUGUCUAAUGUCCUGUUAUGGUUUCCUCGUGUUGCACUUAACGACUGUACAAUUGAAGGGUAUGGAAUAAAGAAAGGCUGGCACGUUAACAUCGAUGCAACUUGUAUACAUUAUGACUCAGAUAUAUUCAAGGAUCCAUUGAAAUUUAACCCACAGAGAUUUGAUGAAAUGCAAAAGCCCUACAGUUUUAUACCUUUUGGAUCAGGGCCUAGGACUUGCCUUGGGAUGAAUAUGGCAAAAGUGACAAUGUUGGUCUUUUUACACAGGCUAACUAGUUGUUACACGUGGACCCUUGAUGAUUUAGAUACUUGCUUAGAAAAGAAGGCACACAUACCUAGACUAAGGAGUGGCUGUCCAAUAACAUUGAAGUCCAUAAGCAAGAGCAUGCCAUAGGCAUAGACAGGUGUCAUGGAGAUUUAUCACACGUGAAAGCCCAAGAACGAUGCAGUAUACAGCUGGGUAUAUGAAUGUCUGCAGACUUGUGAGAUUUGAGGCAAACAUCAUAACAGGAGAUAAAUCUGCUCAAUAAUUAUUAAUGCAUAAUCAAAUUUCUCCACCACUUUAAAGAAUUGAUAUUGUUAAUCUGUUUAGUUUGUAUACUAUAUAUAAAUAUAAAUUAGAAAAUAACUUAAGUUGCAACUUAAUCUGGUGGCGGAGGAUCAUGAGACUUUUUAUACCUUGAGGGUAAAUCAACACAAAGAAUAACCAGCAGCUUGUUAGAACAGUUCAUGCGAGAAGAGAACCACAUUUCGGGUGUUUUGUUCUGUUUGAAAUGUUGAAAAUCUUGGAUAGCAUUGCAUAGCAUAAACCACCUAAAGUGUUAUAGCGGUAUAGCCGAUAAUGGGAUAGCUGCUAAUGCAAAGACUAAAAACCAAUGUAUAAAGUAAACAUAAAUACUCAAAAAUAGACUAGUAAACAAAAUUAAAGAGAUCAUCAUACUUAACAGUUAAAGAAUCUAAAGUAUAGAAUAAUAAAAGUUAAACAGAGAAGAAGCUGAACUAAAAGUAGGAAGAAGAGCAGAUCGAUUAUUUGUGAGCAAGAAGAUAACAUUACUAUUCAAAGGGCUCAGAUGGAAAUAGUUUGAGUUUGAUUUCGGUCCAAGGAUCUGUGGGUUAUGGCACCACCUGGCUUUAUAUGGAGCAACCACAUGGCUUGGCUUUGUUGCUCAAGGGGAGUCAAGUCUUGUUUGCAAGUUACAAAAUUCACUGUAUGGUCUAAAGCAAUCGCCCUGAGCUUGGAUUGGAAAAUUCAGCAAGGUUAUUAAGCAGUUUGGCUUGAUUCGCCGUGAAGCUAAUCAUUAUGUAUUUCUUUAAACGUUCAUCUUUGAACAAAGUCAUUUAUCUUGUGGUGUAUGUAGAUGACAAGCAACAUUCACUCAACCAAUUUCAUAUCAAAGAUUUAGGUUGAUUGCAUUAUUUUCUUGGAAUUGAAGUAGCUUAAUCACAAGCAAGCAUAGCAAUCUCUAAGAAAAUAUAUUUUUGAUAUCUUGGGAUACUUGAUUGUAAACCAGUUAAUACUUCUAUGAACCCUAAUGCGAAGCUUCAACAAAAUCAAGGGGAGUCAUAUACUCGCCCAGGAAGAUAUGGAAGGUUAGUUGGGAAACUUAUUUAUCUCACUAUGACAAGGCCAUAUAUUUCGUUUACAAUUAGUGCUGACUCAAUUUCUCAAUUCACCUUGUGAUAAUCAUUGGGCCUUGGGGUGUUGCAGUUGGGAUCUUGAGGUAGAUUAAAGGGACGCCUAGGGAAAGACGUGUUUA